UCACUCCUCAAGUCGCACGUGCCAACUAAAGAGAGAGAGACUGUUCAAAAAAAAUUCAAAAACCUUCUUUUUUUUCUUCUUCUUUACUUCAUUCAUUUUCAAUUCGCCAACAAUAACUUGACUGUUGCUGCCAACGUAUCUAAAAUCUAUCUCCUCCUAUAUCUUCGGUUUCACUCAUUUCUUACUCAUUCCAUUUCGUUAACGCUCCGAUCUGAUUUCACUCCAAGAUGAACGGGGGAGGGAGACAGGGACUUAGAUCUAGUGGUGCUACCGGCGUCCACCACCACCGUCAGUACUCUGAUAACUUCCUCGACGGCGCCUCCACCGGUAACAGAUGGCUCCAAUCUGCCGGCCUUCAACAUCUCCAAUCCAAUCCCCUCCAGGAUUAUAAUUUGUACGGCGGCGGAGCGCAGGGAGGGAGAAUGUAUAGGAAUGCUCAGAGAAGCUAUAACGGAGGAGGGAGUGAUUAUUAUAUGGAACCUUCCUCGCCGCCUGAUGCUUACCGUGCCUCGACUCAUAAGAUGAACGGUGAAGACUCAACCGGUGAUUUCAGCCCUGGCUUGUUGGAUCUGCAUUCAUUUGACACUGAACUUCUUCCUGAGAUGCCAGCCUCCAAUGCAUAUGAGUCUAGUUCUCUGUAUCAACCUAUCCGGGGUAGAAGAAGCUUUGAUGACUCUGAACCUUACAUGAUGGGCAAACAGACUGCUAAAGCUCGUGCUCCUGACAACACAUUGAAAAGUUUACCUGCUGACAAAGAGAAGUCUAGUUCUGUGGCAAAGAUUAAAGUUGUGGUUCGUAAGAGACCAUUGAAUAAGAAAGAACUAGCAAAGAAUGAGGAAGACAUUAUAGAGACAUAUGCCAAUUCUUUAACAGUGCACGAAACUAAACUGAAGGUUGACUUAACUCAGUACUUAGAGAAGCAUGAAUUUGUUUUUGAUGCUGUCUUGAAUGAAGAGGUUACGAAUGAUGAGGUGUAUCGUGAAACAGUGGAACCCAUUGUUCCAAUCAUCUUUGAACGCACUAAGGCAACUUGCUUUGCUUACGGGCAAACAGGAAGUGGAAAAACGUAUACAAUGAAGCCAUUGCCGCUUAAAGCAUCAAGGGACAUCCUAAGAUUGAUGCAUCAUACAUACCGGAACCAAGGAUUUCAGUUGUUCGUGAGCUUCUUUGAAAUAUAUGGCGGGAAGCUCUAUGAUCUCCUUAAUGAGAGAAAAAAGCUUUGCAUGAGGGAGGAUGGUAAGCAGCAAGUUUGCAUUGUUGGCUUGCAAGAGUACCGAGUAGCAGAUGUGGAGAACAUCAAAGAACUGAUCGAGAGAGGUAGUGCCACAAGAAGUACAGGAACAACGGGUGCGAAUGAAGAAUCCUCACGGUCUCACGCAAUACUUCAACUUGCUAUCAAGAGGUCAGUUGAUGGCAAUGAAUCCAAACCUCCUCGACUUGUUGGCAAGCUCUCCUUCAUAGAUCUUGCUGGAAGUGAACGAGGAGCGGAUACCACUGACAAUGACAAACAGACAAGAAUAGAAGGGGCUGAAAUCAAUAAGAGCUUACUCGCCCUUAAGGAAUGCAUAAGAGCUCUUGAUAAUGACCAAGGACACAUCCCUUUCAGGGGAAGUAAACUGACUGAAGUUUUGAGGGAUUCUUUUGUUGGCAAUUCCCGCACUGUUAUGAUAUCAUGCAUAUCUCCAAGCUCUGGUUCAUGUGAGCACACUCUGAAUACAUUAAGAUAUGCAGACAGGGUGAAAAGCUUAUCGAAAGGCAACAACUCAAAGAAGGAUGUUCUAUCUUCAAAUUUCAACCUUAAAGAAUCAAUUACAGUUCCCUUAUCUUCUGUUACUGCACCGGCCUAUGAGGAUCACACAGCUGAUGCAUGGCAUGAUGAAAAUGAAGGAGAUGAUUUUAGCCCCCCUGAAGAGUACUAUGAGCAGGUUAAACCAUCGUUGAAGAAAAAUGGAAGGAUGGAUUCAUAUGCAAUGACAGAUGAAAGAUUGAAGAAACCUAGUGGUCUGGUCAAAUGGAAGGACCUCCCAAGAGUUGAACCUAAAAUCACUAAUCCAGAGGAUGAUUUAAGUGCCCUUUUACAGGAAGAAGAGGAUCUUGUAAAUGCUCACCGAACACAAGUAGAGGAGACCAUGAAUAUUGUUAAAGAGGAGAUGAAUCUCUUAGUCGAAGCGGAUCAACCGGGAAAUCAGUUGGACGAUUACGUAACAAGACUAAAUGCCAUUCUUUCUCAGAAGGCUGCUGGCAUUCUGCAGUUGCAAAACCGUUUAGCUCAUUUCCAGAAACGUUUAAAGGAGCAUAAUGUUUUGGUUUCAUCCACUGGUUACUAGUAUCAUUUAAAAAAGACUCCUAGUGAAAAAAAAUUAUUUAAGGUGGUUGGAAUCAUGCACUUCUGUGAUUCAGUUGGAUUUACAAGGUCUGGAAUAUGCCGUGGCACUAUUUUGAGUUGAUUUAUCAUAUGAUUUUGUUCCUUGGCAACUACUUGGGAAACUGGAGAAUGGAGUUUUAAUUUUUUUUUUCUUCUCAUUUUACCCUGCGAAGAAUGUAGACAUGUAUUGGUUUUAAGUGUAGCUGUCUAUGCAAUGUAUAAAGCUCUCAAUUGAUGUUUGAUUGAUCAAUGGAAUUAUGGAAUACCAAAUACCUAUAUUUUUCACAAAUUCCUCUAUUUUUUUGACUA